AUGUUUCUCUCUUUCUUAUCUCUCUCUCACCUAUCAAUUCAUAAAAUGGCAAAUAUUUUGAAGGGUGGCAGUGUUUUCAUGCUCUCAUUUUUCUCUUCACGAACAUCAUCAACCCAUUGCUCAUUUCGUUCCAAAACCCUAUCUAGGUUUCCUUCCUAUUGCACUGUUGCUUCCGAGCCUGUCCCGGAAGCCACUAACAAUGGUGGUGUUAGAGAUUCUGCUGGGCUGCUUGACAUAAGGGUCGGUCGCAUUCUCAGGGCAUGGAAACAUGAUGAAGCUGAGACGCUUUAUGUUGAGGAAGUUGAUAUUGGUGAGCCUGAACCUAGAAUCAUUUGCAGUGGCCUUGUUAAUUAUAUCCCUCUUCAACACCUUCAGGGGAAAAAAGUUAUUGUUCUUUCGAAUCUGAAGCCAAGGAAUAUGCGUGGUGUCAAGUCAUGUGGAAUGUUGAUGGCUGCCUCUGAUUCCAAACAUGAGAAUGUUGAACUUCUAUUCCCUCCCGAGGAAGCAAAUCCUGGUGAAAGAAUAUGGUUUGGAUCUGAAGAUGACAAGGAUAAUCAACCUGAAGCUGCCAAACCAAAUCAGAUACAAAAGAAAAAGAUAUGGGAGCUAGUACAGCCUCAUCUUAAGACGGAUGUUUCUUGUACUGCAAUGCUAGGUGAGCAUGUAAUGCGUACAUCUGUAGGCACAGUGGCAUGCCACUCUUUGCAGAAUGCAAAUAUCUCCUGA